AUGGCAGACUUUGGAAUCCCAAAUAUCGGUAAACGGCUUAUGACCCAAGUCAUUGAUGAUCUGGCCUUAACCGAUCCCGAUAGGAAGAUCUGCAGUAUGCCCGAAAGCUCUGAGGGGGCGCAAACCUAUGUGGAUUUGAAUGUUAGGAAAUUGUCCCAGGCAAUCAACCACAUGGCCUGGUGGAUUGAGAGAUCGUUCGGAACAUGUGCCUCUUUUGACGAGACAUUGGCAUUUCUUGGAGCCAAUGAUGUCCGAUAUCUUGUGAUGGUGAUUGCGUGUAAUAAAACGGGCCAUAAGCCACUGCUCUCCUCUACCCGCAAUUCCCAGGCUGCCCAUAUUCGUCUUUUCGAGAUGACAAACUGUUCCAAGUUAGCUUAUAGCUCCGAGAAAAAGCAGAUGGCAGAAGAAAUAUGCUCAGCAGGCUCUCAUAUCAAAAGCCUCGAGAUUCCAUCUUUGACUCAAAUGUUGGCUGAGGAAUGCAGUGUCUAUCCAUUCCAAGGAGCGUUUGAGGAAGUAAAGAAUAAUGUGGCAUUUAUUGCGCACAGCUCAGGAACAACAGGGUUUCCUAAGCCAAUUCAAUUGACGUUUGGAUAUUUUGGUGCCUUGGAUCAUGGAGCCUAUGUCCCCCUUCCAGAAGGCCGAGUUGCUGGUGUUCCAGACAGGCUAUCUCCUGAUGACCUGAUUCUUUCUUCAACUCCGUUUUUUCAUCUCAUGGGAUUUUCGCUACUUAUAAUGGCUGUAUUUCAUGGAAUUCCAUGCGUGAUGCUUCCGGACGGACCCAUGUCAAUCGAAUUGGUGACCACGGUAUUGGAUAGUACUCGCCCAACGGCAGCACUCUUUCCCCCUUCGAUCUUAGAGGAGUUAGCUUCUAAUAUACGGUCUAUGGAGGCUCUUUCUAAACUGAGACGUGUCUACUUUGGAGGCGGACCUCUUUCGCCAGAUGUGGGCCGCAGGGUCAGCGAACGCACUCAGCUAGUCAGCUUCCUUGGAAUGACCGAGGGUGGGUUUGUACUGUCCUUUCUCCCUGAAAACGGAGAUUGGGAAUAUUUUGAAUGGAGUCCUACUUUUGGGAUUAAGUUAGAGCAUGUCGAAAAUGGACUACAUGAGAUGGUCUUGCACAGGCACGAAAACCCCGAAUUUCAGCCUAUCUUCCAUACGUUCCCCGAUCUCCAGUGUUACCACACGAAGGAUUUAUACUUGGAACAUCCAACCAAUCCGGACCUAUGGAAAUUUCAUGGUCGCUUGGAUGACGUCAUUGUUCUCAGUAACGGUGAGAAAUUCAAUCCUGUGACGAUGGAGAAGCUCAUCGAGGGAGAGGCUUUGGUGGCCAGAGCAGUUGUUGUCGGACUCGGCAGAUUCCAGACAGCCCUGUUGAUUGAGCCGAAUUGGAGUCAACUAGAUACAGUUGACUUGAAGACAAACUUAAUCGACAUCAUCUGGCCUACAGUUCAAAAGGCCAAUCAAAUCAGUGUGGGCCAUGGACAUGUCUUGAAAAGCAAAAUCGCUCUAGCAUCGCGCAACAAGCCCUUCUCCACAACACCAAAAGGAAGUACCCAGCGAAGGAUUGUGGCCGAGGACUAUAAAGAUGAGAUUGAGCAGCUAUACACAUUGCCCGGUGAAGAGAAACUUCCAUUCAGCCUGCCAGUCUCUCCCGACUUUCCAAUGAUCGUUGAAUUUGUUCGAAAUCUCAUAUCCUAUGUUUCAGACGUUGGCCGAUGUGAAUAUGACGCUGACCUAUACAAUUCCGGGCUCGAUUCAUUGCGUACGAUUCAAUUGGUCUCGGUCUUGAACGCGAACGGAUUUAAAGAAAUCACUGCACAGAUGAUCUAUCUGCAUCCAAGUAUCUCCAAAAUUGCAACUCUUCUCCACAACAUGUUGGAUGAGAUUGAGGGAAAGGAAAUUCCGAGACAUGAAAAAAUCGAUGAUCUAGUCAAGAAAUACACAUCUGAUCUGCCACGGUUAGAAGGUAUAAACAAAAUCACCAUUGCACUCACUGGGUCCACUGGGUCACUUGGUAGCUACCUACUUGAUACACUGCGGUCGGACCCACUCGUUCACAAGGUAUACUGCCUGACACGAGAUGGGAGUGAAGCAAGACAAAAAAGGGUCUUGUUAGAAAGAGGCUUGGACCAAACCGUUCCUGAAAAAGUCGAAUUCGUCAAAACUUCACUUGGUGAACACGAGCUCGGAAUCGACAGCGAAAAAUAUCAAGAAAUGCUUCGUUCUGUUGAUAUUUUCAUCCACAAUGCUUGGAAAAUGGAUUUCAACAUUUCUGUCGAUUCUUUCGAGGAAGUGCAUAUUCGGGCCGCACGCAAUCUGAUAAGCUUCAGCCUCCAAAGCACGAAACGCACACACGUCCACUUUCUUUCUUCUAUUGGCGCUGUUGGAGGUUGGACGCUUUCUGACGGUCCCGUCAUUCCCGAGCUUCCAUUUGAGAAUUGCGAUGUAACUCUCCGUCAGGGGUAUGGAGAGGCCAAGCAUAUUUGCGAGCGAAUCUUCCUGGCUGCUUCUCGAACUUCCGGUGUGCCGACUAGCAUUCAUCGUUUAGGACAAAUCGCUGGCCCCAGUACUGAAAGCGGAUAUUGGAAUCCCCAAGAAUGGAUCCCCGCACUCAUCGCUACAUCCAAGUCCCUUGGCAAGAUUCCUUCGACACUCGGAGCAUUUCCGGUUGAUUGGGUUCCAGUGGAUUUACUUGCGAAUGUUGUGUUGGAAAUUGUCCACGCACGCCGGAAAACACAGCUAGAAAGUCUCUUUGCCGUGUUCCAUCUUGUCAACCCUACAACUACAACGUGGAAGAGCCUUCUCGAGCCAAUACACGCCAUGUAUGCGGUUCAAGUAGUUGAGAUGAAAGAUUGGAUUGAGGAGCUUGAUCAAGUCCGAGCCGUAAUUCCGGAAGACCUUGCACAUAAACCGGCUUUGAAGCUACUUGAAUUCUAUCGGAGCUUAAUUGAAGGCCAAGGAGCUUUGUCUGUUCCUCUUUCAAUGGAGAAUACAAAGCUCGCGAGUGCAAGCAUGAGGUCAAUGCCGCCAAUUACACCAGAUCUGAUGGGGACUUGGCUGAAACAGUGGUCAUUUUGA